AUGGUCACACAGAUGCGCAAGCUGAUUGCCCUGACAAUGCUUUGGGGAUGCUUGUGCGCAUCCCCAGCUGAGAGUCCGCAGGAUCCGAGGAUGAUGCGGUACGAAGCACGGAUCGAUGCUGAAGGUGAAGCGCAAGAUGUUGUGCCGGUUUCAGACCACACUGCCCAUCACCGGGCAAGAAAUCAAGCUGCUUUGAUGGCAGGAGAUCAGAGCGCAGAGGCUCAGGCCGCGACGACAACGCUGUAUCCUCCCAAUCCAAAAGGACCUCUGGACAUCGAUGACUCUGCAUGGACCCUGCUUUUCAAAGCCAAGCUGGGUGCGCUGUUUCCUGUGCUCAUCUUGUUCAUGUUGACGUUCUGUUUGCUGGCCCUGUCCAGCUGCAUGUUCUUCAAAGCCAAGAAGGCGGAGGGGGAGGAGGCGGAAGAGCUGAAAGCGCAGGCAUGUGGGCCUGAGGGACUCGAGGAAGAUCUCUAUGGACUCGCGAUCGCCUCCGUAGUUCGGGACACGCGGUCCUACUGCAAAGGCUACUCAUCCGCUGGCUUGAUGAUCGCUCGCAUGGGAGUCUCCAUUAUGAUCUUGGUGCUAGUCCUGAUCCUGCAGAUCUACCUCAUGGCCAGCCUAAAG